AUGCCGCGAGAACGAGAUCCUUUUCCUUUCCCAAGAUACGAAAACGACCAGACAUUCACCGGUCGAAAGCAAUGUCAGAUGCAGGCCUUUAAAAAGCCAGUUCACAUUGCACAGAACGACGAGCCAUGGAGUCGUCUUAAUGAUACUGCUACUUUGGCCAGCAUUCGACGUAACAUACAUUACUACGACAAGGAGGCACCGAGGGAUAGCCUGGAUUUCCAUCUAAAGUCCACGUAUGAUCAACACCUAGAAUUUCUCCGGAACAAAAACCAAACCCUAUAUCAAAGAGAGACGUUCAGUCAUGACCAUGGAAGAAAACCUGAUGUCCCAAGUUGCAACACUGAACACAGAGAAGUGAGAGUGUGGGUUAAUUCACAGCGACCUUCCAUUUACAGCGUACAGGGUGCCAUAGAAUCUCACCAUAACGCUUCUACAAACCGGGGGUAUUCCAGGAAGCAGGAUGGGGGCUUCUAUUCCACAUAA